AUGGCAUGUGGCUGUGAUGAACAGCUGCUGCCUGCUUCUGGGCAAAUACACUAUGCUGAGAGAAUUGUCUGGAAACAUUUGUCAACGGUGUGUGGUGCUGGUGUUGUGACUAGUUGUGGCAACACUCACUUGAUCAUCACCACACUUUGCAGGUACAUCGCCAUCAUCCACCCGCUGAGGCCGCGGGUGACGGGUCGGGUGGUGCUGACCUUCAUCGUGGCCAUCUGGCUGGCGUCGGUGCUGCUGUCGCUGCCCAACCUCAUCUACGCUCGCACCUUCACCUUCAAGAGUGGCCGCACCCUGUGCUACCUGCACUGGCCGGACAUGGAGAAGACCCUGAAGAGCGAGCAGGACCUGAUCUACAGUACCAUUCUCAUGAUCCUCAACUACUUCCUGCCCAUCGUGACCCUGGCCGUGACCUACUCGCGCAUCGCGUGGAAGCUGUGGGACAGCAAGGCCAUAGGCGAGGCGCUGCCCAUGCAGGUGGAGAGAAUCCGCAGCAAGCGAAAGGUGGUGAAGAUGAUGAUCGCCCUGGUCGUCAUUUUCGGGCUGUGCUGGCUGCCCUACCACUCUUACUUCAUCAUCAUCCAGAUUCAAGAAAGCAUCCGGAGCCUUCCAUACAUCCAGCAGGCCUACAUCCUCAUCUACUGGCUGGCGAUGUCCAACUCCAUGUACAACCCCAUCAUCUACUGCCUCAUGAACGCCAGGUUCCGCCAGGGCUUCCUGCAGUUCUUCCGCUACUGCCCUUGUCGCCCUUGCCGCCGCACACUGCGCAUGUCUUGCCAGGAGCGAGGCUUCUACUCCACGCGCAUGAGCAUGACGGCUUCCGGGAAGACGGACCGCAACGGUUCUCUCAUGCACACCACCAUGGAGAGCGUGGACGACACCAACUCCACGCCCAACGCCAGCACCUACCGCAUGCACCCUAUCCACACCAAGCUCCGCGACGCCGACAGCUUCGAGGACUAGACGCGGCGCCCUGCGACCUGCACACCCGCCGAGGGUUGACCUCCGUAACAACUGAUGCAGCGACAACAACUGACAAGGAGAGUGUAACAACAACAACAACAACUCAUAGACAACAACUUCAAGUGUAACUGUCAGAACAGCUGACAGACCACGUGACGGUGACAAGAGCUGACAGACCACAUGACAAAGACAACAGCUGACAGACAUCACGUGACAAGAGAGCGAGAGGUCACAAAGGUCCUAUGGCUGUCCACCGUCCCUGAGAAAGCAUCAGCCGAACAUCAGGCGAGGACUCAGGUGUUGAGGUGUUUGACAGGGAGGCAACCACAGACACCGCCAGAAGCAGACUUUUAUCGUCUCCGGUUGUUUUCACUGACAUCCGCCAGAACUCUGGCUUUUCCUCCUCUGGCUCGAUGCCGGAGAUUCUCAGAAGAUCAGCGACAAAGGCCGCGGGCGGGCGACUACUAGCGAGCGGCACGCGCGCCCUGGAAGGUCACCGGGUCGUUGACGUGAGUUCCUGACCAUGCUGCAGGUACCGUCUCGCCAGGUGUGUUAGGUGUGCCAGGAAUACCUUCAACAGGUGUCCGCAGGCUGCAUUUCCACAAUUCUUCGUGAUGCGGGCUUUCGUUCUGCAGACUAGUGGCUUCCCUCGCAUGCCAGUUCAUCUGCUAAUCCGUCUGCCGGUCUGUCUGCCAGUCCGUCUGCCAGUGUGUCUGCCAGUCCGUCUGCCAGUCUGUAUGCCAGUUCGGCCCUUUUGGUUGGCUGGACACACGUGGGGCCUGCAGGACCUGCUGAGCCUCCUCAGGAACCAGAAGAAACGUGGAACAAAAAUCUUGGGAUGGUAACAACACUUCUCUUGUCUUCACAUCAAAGAAACAACUGGAAUGGUAGCAACACGUCUCGUAUUCACAUCAAGCAAACAACUGUUUUGCCAGAAAAUCCCCGGAUGUUGAAUAGUUUUUCAAGAGAAGGUCGUACAAAGAGCAGCGGCGUCCACAUCACUCAACAGACAUUCCUGACUCUCAGACUCGCUGCCCGCCGUCGUCUGUGAGAAGAGAACUUUGGUGGUGAGAAAGGUCACCUGGAUGCUGAUGAGGAGUUUGGUGAUCAUCGACUGACAUUUGGGGUCAAUAGGUACAGCCGGGUGUGGUGCUGACAACCACUGCAUGUUUCUGUAGUCAGAGGCCGGACACCUGGUGCUGCUGUUGCUUGGGCCCCGCGGUAGUGCCACACAUCACAUUGCUUGUCUCGUCAUCUUGGUCGUCGUUGCUGUCAUCACCAUCAUAGUUGUCUGUCAUCUCCACCCUACAUCCAUUAUUCUCUACAGAAAACAAUGGUUUCAAACCCAGUGAGAUGAGUGCUAAUGGGGCAAAGCUUUUAAUGACAUCAGCCGCACCCUAAGAUCCUUCCUACGCCACCCACCGCCUGCCAGCCACGUACAUGGUGUGAGUGUGUUGUGGGAGGAGGGGGGACUGCUACUUGCCUCCCAUGUUCCUUCCCCUCGGCACGAUUGCAAAUGAGCUCAGCCUUGUUGUGAAGCUGCCUACUCCAGAGAAAAUGUGGAUAUUUUCCGACGGCUUGCGAACGUUUUAUGACCAAACAAAUGGGGGAAAGGACCUGGAGGAGAGGUCCCCCUUGACUUGUGAGUGCAGUUCUCCACAGAACUCUCCAGCCACUCGUUCACAGGCAGCCAUGAGCAGUGGAAAUAACAGACGAGAAGAGGACGCACACACACAGCUCAUUCCCACCCAAACCCCGUACGGGUUUUUCUUUGAAUCGUCCUCAGGCAGACUUGUCCACAGAGUGGUGUGCAGACAGAAUGAAUGAAGUGUGUAGACUGAUGGUGAGUAGACAGAAAGCUGUACAGCCAGUAGACGAUAGUGUGUAGACGCUGACAGUGCUGGCGUGUAGACAGGAUUGUAGACAGAUGGCAGGUACCAUGUCAACAGUGAUGAUGUGCUUGCAUACAGCCUCCGUGCAUGAGAGAGAGAAAGAAAAGGACAAUCAGAGAGGCGUAAGAGAGAGAGAGAAAGAGAAAACAGUUAUAGUGAUAUAUUUGAAAGCUGUAUGCAGAAACGCUUGAUGCUCAGUGAUAUUCAGUGACCCCAGUGACCCCACAGUGACACUGUGAUAUUGCUGCACAGGUUGAAGCCACUUAGGCAUCACGUGACUCCCCACCCUCUUGAUGUCACCGCGGCGUGUAUUUACCUCUGUGAGAAACCUCCAUCUUUGCUUCCCAACAAGUCAGAACGUUUUGUUUUAUUUUGUGUUGGAGUUAUCCAAGACCAGGCCGCCAUAGGUGAGGGUCACACUUCCUCACCCACCUAUCCACUCAUCCACUCAUCACCUCACUCACUCAUGCCCCAGCUCACCCACUCACCCACACACCCACCUUACCAAUUCUGUGGAGCUACAAUUUCCACUUUUGUUUUCACGUGGCACGAAAUUCAUCCGACGACGAACAAGCAGAAGGACGAACAGCUCACAAGUAAUGCGUCUCUCUUUCUUUGUUUCUCUCUUUUCUCUCUCUGUCUCUCGUGUGUAAAGACGCACUGUCAUCUGGUCUUUGUGGUGAUUAUGGUGUAAGGUGAUGGUAAUGACAGCGAUGACAGUGAAGUGACUGUGAUAUGUGGGGUAGGCUGGUGACGUUACGGUGACGUCAUGGUGACGUUCGAGUGACGUCAUAGUGACGUUUGUGGUGACGUCAUGGUGACGUUCGAGUGACGUCACGGUGACGUCAUAGUGACGUUUGUGGUGACGUCAUAGUGACGUGUAUGACGUCAUAGUGACGUUGUGUGGUGACGUCAUAGCGACGUUUUGUGGUGACGUCAUAGCGACGUGUGUGACGUCAUAGUGACGUUUGUGAUGACGUCAUAGUGACGUUCGAGUGACGUCAUGGUUACGUCAUAGUGACGUUUGUGGUGACGUCAUAGUGACGUGUGUGGUGACGUCAUAGUGACGUUUGUGGUGUCAUAGUGACGUUCGAGUGACGUCAUGGUUACGUCAUAGUGACGUUUGUGGUGACGUCAUGGUGACGUUCAAUAGUUAUCAAUGGAAUCAAUGAGCGAUGGCUGUAGAGAGGUCGGCGUGUUUAAGACAGUUGUUACAGUUUUUGCUAUCAACCUUUAUGAUGUCGGAGGAGUGGUCCACCUUCUGACAGUCAGCGCAGAAACAAUCAUUCACAUAAGCCAAAAUGGUGGGCUGUGAUGCGCACCUUCUUUCAUUCACUCUUGUUGUCCAUCCUGCUAAAGGUCCGAUGUUUCUCUUGUCUUUUGCUGUUAAAGCUUUCAUGGAGCAUGAUCGUGAUUCAGUCAAAAUGUCUUCAUCAGCAGUUUAAUGACGCAGCACAGUGGACAGUAGACAGCACAGUGGACAGUGUAGUGGACAGCAGUUGACGGUGGACAGCAGUGGACAGUGGACAGCACAGUGGACAGCAGUGGACAGUGGACAGUAACUAAUGGCCACGUUUCGGGAACGUCGCGGGCCUUUGUUUGUUUUGUGUUUUGUUUUUUAUUUGAUUUGUUUAUUUGUUUGUUUUUGUUUUGCUUUUUUUUUUUUGGGGGGGGGGGGGUUGUCCUUCGCGAACUUUCUGUCGGACAGAAUACCUUUGUGAAGUUUCCCUGUCAACGGCUGACUUAGUCAACAUCGUCCUUAAACUAACCAAGUAAAUACUGAGUGCAACGUGGUGCUUCACAGCGCAUGCGUCUCGUCUGUCUUGUUCACGUGGUCAUGUUACGUCACGCGUCUCGCUAUGUCACGUGCUUCACGCUGCUGACCUCGCUCUGAUUACAAGGUCUGACGUCUGACAUGUGAUGACUGACAUCCUGUGAGUGUCUGACACUUUGUGACAGCCUACACUACAAUCUAUAAAUAGAGUUGGAGUCACGAGCUGACGUCAUGGAAAGGUUGCAGACAGACAGAAGUAAACCUCUCAAUCCAUGGACUAAAUCCAUGGAUGUUGGGAAUCGUGCUAACUGAGCAUUUGACAGAAUACAAGUAUUUAGGUUGAAUGUUGUUACAAUUAUUUAGUCAAGGGAAACGUGAGGUCAGGUGUCUGGUGCCUGCAGUCUUUGAAAUACUGAAGUCUAAGGUGUGCGAGUGAGUUUCCCUAUUAUGCUAGUGUGACAAAUGUCUUCCUGUCAGUCUGCUUGGUCACCUUGGUGUGUAAUAUUUGCUGUUACUGAUACAACAUCAAUAGGUGUUCCUGUGUCAGUGUGUCAUGAAUGAAUGUGUCAGUGUGUCACUGCUGUGACGACUGUCUGGCCCUGUAGUCCAGCUGCCUACACUUCUUUUGUCGCGGUUGACAGCUUGGUUGCCUGUUGCUGGCUGUGUCUAUACGUAGUUCACAUCCCUGUACUUUCGUCCACAAGGAAAAUCCUUGGAUUCAGCAGCAAAGUGUUGAUGUGAGGAAGAGAGAGAAACUGUAGAAGGGAGGUGACUCCUUGUUGUCGCUAGAGUACAAGUUAUCCUCCCUUACCACAGCACUAAACCAUCCACACUAGCUCGUGAAGAUAAUGAAUUGUGAGAAAUAAAAUGUUCUGUUGACAGUAGUCCAUUGUCACACAUCAGUGCGUAGUGAUCUGUUGUCAUAUAUUUUAUAAACAGCACAAGAAAUAAUUCUAACUUAUCCGAUGUCCUGACGGAAAUAGUGCCGAGAAUACAGUAAGUAAAUGUAGUGUGUGUAGGGUGUUUGUAUUCACCUCCACAACCACAAUUCAAAUGAUUUGGAGAGUGUAACAACACAGACUCCCGCAUGUCCCCCGCCCAGUGGUGGCCCUGUACACUGACGACCUUUGACCUCACUACGGCUGAUUGAUCCCAUCGCUUGUGUUUUCUGUGAUUUGUUUAAUAAUUUGUUUUGUUUAUUACUUACUCUAAAUGCCUUUCGAACAGCUGACUGUCAAUGGAAUGCGUUGUGCAGGUUUUUGUAGUUUAUAGUGGAGACAACCUGCUUCUUGGUGACGACUGGCUUCACUCCACUUGACUUCGUCUCUUGUGUAGCUGGUGGUCACUGGUCACGUGUCACGUGUCCUCACACCGUCUCCUUUGUUUUGUUUUUUGCUUAGUCUUUAGCUGUUAUAAUUUUCUUGCUUUUUCUUAAGAGUAAUCUUCAGCUUCUUUAGAGUAUCGGAAAAACGGAAUUAAGUGAUGUAUUGCGCAUUUUUGUCCUCUUAUCUAGUUUUAAUUCGUUUCAUUUAAUUCUAAUUUUAUUUUUAAAGUCUUUAUUUCCGCUCAAGCAGAUGUUCUGUUUCUGCCUUCGUCACCGCCGUCCGUCCUCACUCGUCACAUGACUUUACAUGAUGUCGGUCUGGAGAAGGUUGAUGUGUAAGCCACCCGACAAACACCUGCACAAAGUUUCACGGCAAAUUCUUGCUGUCACCAGUGAAAGCAAGAACCACACUUCUGUAAAUUAUGUAAACAUCGCCAUUUCGUGUUCUAAAAGUGUAAAAUCCACCCAAGUCUGGCAUUGAUUGUACUAUGGACCAUGUCUACAUAGCUUUACCUUUGUCUGGCGUUGUCUACCUAGGUCUACCUUUGUCUAAACCAAGAGUGUUCCUUUGCUACACACUUUUCUGUGAGCACCUGUACAUACCUCAAUACCUUUGACAUUCAUCAAGUGCUAAAAUGUUCUAGUAAGGAAACAUGGUGCUUCACACUUGAAUACAUCACUUCAGAGGUGUACCAUGCGUCCUUGUUAGGACUUACUAGGAAAUAUGUCAAAGCUGGAAAACACAGUCAAGCCUGUAAAAGUGCAAGUGUCGUGUUGAUGUUAGUAUUAAUUUAUGAUUUGUGUAAUCAUUUAUUGUCAUAACAAAUCAUCGACAUAGUCCCCAAGAUUCUUGGUUCAUAAAUUACAUUGCUCCUUUUUAAUCAUUGUCAUGACAUCUACAAAGUAUGUGUAAUAAUAACAAUAUUAAAAAUAUACAAAAUAGAAUAAACAAUUGUACAUAGCCUUGCCUUUCAGUCAGCAGCAUUGUAUAAAGACAAAGUUUGGUUCCAAAGAUGUUGUACACGUCAGUGUAGGAGUCAGUGUUUGAUCCCCUGUGUCCAGCAGUAGUGUCUGGUGGUCCAUGGCCAGGACCCUGCACUUUGCUGCAGACUGUAAACAACUUGUCAUGUGCAUCUGUGCGUGGUUCUUCGUGUCCUCCACGAUAUCGCGAGAGACAAACUUUAGACAUCUGACUUUUUUAAUUGAUAAGAUUGCACUGCUUUUGUCAGAUACUUUAAGAAAGUGUUGUUUACUUGUGGCCGGCCCAUCACUGUACUGUCAUGUAGUGGGUAUGGACGUGGGACAUGAAAAUCUCACACAAGUAGGAAACGGGCGACUUGACCUCGUGUUUACAUCCCAGGCCAGACUCGACCUGUGUCAACAAGCGAGUCCCGUAUAUCAUAUGUAAGGUGGCCCUAGCAGGUCAGAAACUUCAGAAACAGUCGAGCAAACCUUCAAGUGUUUAACAAAACCGUCAGGCCGGUGCCACGUCAUCAGAACACAGGUGCGAACCACGAUCAGGGCAGAAAGCACCCACUGUGUUUUACCACUCUGGUCAUCCAGACAAGUAGUCGUGAGAAAUUAGCCUUCACGAUCGCAUAAAUUGUCUGCAAGGUGGUCGCUGUGGUCGCUGUGGUUGGCCGGGGUGUGGCCUCGGUGGUUGCUGUGGGUAGUUUUGGUUGAGAGGUCGCUUUCAAUGGCACUCCUUUUUUGUGUGGAUGUUUACAAAUGUGAGGGCAGGGCGAUUUAAUAGGAAAAAGGUUGAUAAUGACGUUCUGAAUCAUGUCUGAGCAAAAUUUUGAGCUGCGAACGGAUCACAUAGACUGUUGUGUCUAUCACACGACUGGCGACUCAUGCUGACAGUCCGAUUUGAGUCACCCUUAAAAGCAAACAAAUUUACUCACAUGUGUGACGAUGCUAGAGAACUGUCAUAGGUUUUGCAGCGGACCCAUUGGACACUAAACGUCUCAGGCAUUGGUGAGAUAGUGUUAGUAGACUGGCCAGCUCCACUUUGGAAUAUUCUGGACCACGUCCGGCGAAAGACCUUCAAAUCUCUAUUUCCAUUGGUGGGAGACCCAUAAUAAUCCAGGCGAGGAAGCGAACAACCUUAUGGCCCCCCUUUCUCCAGAGCUGGCUGCUCCUCGACAGAUGUCCGCAUCAGGAUUCAACAACGACUGCGGCAAUGUCCAGGCUAGACAGGAUCUGGCAUAGCAGCGCCAUCAGGGCUGCUUCCAAGUGCAGACUGUACACAUCCCUCGUAGUUCCAGUCCUGCAGUGCGGGAGUGACACGUGGACUCUGUUUGCUGUUCCACAGAGGAGAAUGAGUGUCUGACGAAUUCCAUAUGGAAGCAACCAGAAGCUAUAUGUAGACUGUAUCACUGUCUGGAACACUACCUGUUGUCACGCCAGCAUUCUCCAGUUCGUUCGACUUUUGUCACCGAGUUCUUAGCUCUGAGUCUUCUCAACACUGAGCUCUGAGUUCUUCUUUGCACUGAGCACUGAGUUUUUCUCAGCAGUGCACCUUCGCCAGAUCUUGGUCAGCAGCGUUUUGAUGACAUCCUCUCCGCCCCCACCACCACCACCACCACCAUCACCACCACCACCACCAUCACCACCACCUCACAACUGACAGUCAGAUCUCACGAGGUAAGACUGAGACACGUCACUCGAUAACACAACAUGGUUUCACGUGUUUUCACGGGGUUGUAAGUAGAUGAUCACGUGGCUUCGCGAAAUUUCGCUGGACAUGUUUCAGAACGUGACUGUGUAGUGUGUGGAUCAAGGGAGAGCACUGUAUUUAUGGAAGAACGAAGAGCGGAUGGUACAGGGACACCCUCAAGGGAGGCAAUGUAAAUGUUUAAACAUUUCAUGUAAUAUAAAUGUUCUUUAAUACUUUCUUUUCUUUACCUUUAUUCACAACGGUGUCUAAGUCUUUCGGACGGGGACGAGCAGGUGUGGGGACUCGUGAGUUGUCUGUCCUUACGUUGACUGUAGUCGAUGUUGUGAUUGUUGUAUAUAGCAACUUCUGUGACUAUGUUAAUGAUUGUAUAUCGUCCCCUGCAUGCCAUUGUUAAGGUAGGUGGCCAGAUAUAACCCUCCACCCACGGGGGUCAGUUCCCUGGAGCCAAUGUCACACGUGCGAAGACAAAACACAAAAUAUUGUAACGGUGACUUUAUCAAAUGUCCGAUUAAUUUCAGGCUUAUUCAUUAUUCCCGAUUCUUAUUUAGGAAAGAUGCUUCUUUUGGCUACUAGCCAUUCUGUCACGUGGCAACAAAUAUGGUCAGUUGUGAGGAAGCAGCUCUACCUGCUGUCCACCAAAUAGUGAGAAAGGGAUUGACAAAUGACAGACUUGUUAAUGUGGAAGAUAUGUACACAAUGUAUACAUUGCUGUUGUUAAUUUUGUAGACAUGCGCAGUAGGACUUGUGUGGCUGCUGCCAUUGUACUUGUGUGAGAUACACCGAUUUCUUUGAUGAUUGUGUGUUAAAGCGUCGCCCUGUACGAUGCUCUAUUUUCUGUUCCUCCGAUACCAUAGCAAAGGGAGAGACGCUGUUAUAAAUUGGUGUGAUUUACCGGCCCUUGCCGCCAUCCUACCACAUGCUUCCAUAGGCAACAACAACAACAAAGACCUUCAUCGGCCACGUGAUUUCCUGUUGUGAACAUGACAGGCCAUGCUGGAAAAUAAUUCGUCUUGUCUUUAGAAAAGUGCAUGUCAUGUCUUUCAGCAGACAUCCAAACGCCAUCGUGCAACGUGUGUCUUUGUCUCCUCAUCCAAACCCAAAGGGUCCUCACAAUGUCCACAGACUGUUGUGUCGACCCACUAGCACCAACAAACAAAGGUUGGUGACUGUUGAACUGUAGUCUUCGGUGUUUAAGUGUUAACUGUUAUCAUCACACAAUAAAGUCUCAAUGUGGUCAAA